AUGGGGCACCGCCUCUUGGGGGCGCGGCCAGGCUGGGAUGAGGUCAUCCACGUGGGGCGCCUGGCACCGCCAGCGCUCGUUAAAUGCCUGCUAGCAUUCCUUACUCUUUCUGGCUCGCACGGGCUCCAGAAAAUUGCAGGCGACCUGGAGCAGUGGGUCCGAGUAGAGGCUUCUCUGUCGUGUCCACUGGGUCUGGGGUCUGUCACUGUCCCCCAGCACUUGCCGGCGCUAGGACCACGCGAUCCUGUCAACGCAACGGUGGAGACCAGACCAACCUCCAGACACGCCUCCCCUGUUGAUUGGCUCGAGGGCCCCGGAGCUGGUUCCUAUUGGCUCCGGCUGCCGCCGCUCCGGGGAAUUCCCGCCGCCGCCGCGCCCCGCCUGCGCCGCAGUCUCGGCUGCCAGCGCCGGGGCCGCAGGGCGGUCGGGAGGCCGAGGAGCGUGGUCGCUGCCAGCUGGUGGCCGGCCCGACGCGGGCACCUCGCGGAGUGUCCAGCCUGGGUCUGCGCUCCUCGGCGCCCCCCAGCCUGCACCGUGUGCGUCCUGCUCACCUUCCCCUUCAUCUUCAGCCCGUGUUUGGGCUGCGGGCCCGGCACCCCCGAGUGGGCCGCCCUGCUGUACUACGGGCCCUUCAUCGUCAUCUUCCAGUUCGGCUGGGCGGCCACGCAGAUCGCGCACCUGAGCCUCAUCCCAGAGCUCGUCACCAACGACCAGGAGAAGGUGGAGCUCACGGCGCUCAGGUACGCCUUCACCGUGGUGGCCAAUAUCACUGUCUAUGGUGCUGCCUGGCUCCUGCUGCACCUGGAGGGCUCCCCGCGGGCGGGAUCCGCCAGGGAAGUCAGUGACCAGCUGGGGGUGGAAGACGUGCCAGUGUUCCGGAACCUCUCCCUGGUGGUGGUGGGCAUUGGAGCCAUCUUCUCACUGCUCUUCCACCUGGGCACCCGGGAGAGACGCCAGCGGCCGGAGGAGCCCGGGGAGCACAGCCCCCUGCUGCCCGCCACGGCCCGGCCCCUGCUGCUCUGGAAGCACUGGCUCCGGGAGCCGGCCUUCUAUCAGGUGGGCCUGUUGUAUAUGAGCACACGGCUCAUUGUGAACCUGUCACAGACAUACAUGGCCAUGUACCUCACCUACUCCCUCAGCCUACCCAAGAGGUUCAUCGCGACCAUCCCCCUGGUGAUGUACCUCAGUGGUUUCUUCUCCUCCUUCCUCAUGAAGCCGAUCAACAGAUGGAUCGGGAGGAAUCUCACCUACUUCACUGGCCUCCUGGUGAUCCUCGCCUUUGCCGCCUGGGUGGCGCUGGCCAGCGGGCUGGGCACGGCCGUGUACGCCGCUGCUGCACUGCUGGGCGCGGGCUGUGCCACCAUCCUCAUCACCUCGCUCGCCAUGACGGCUGACCUCAUCGGCCCCCACACGCACAGUGGGGCCUUCGUGUACGGCGCCAUGAGCUUCUCCGACAAGGUGGCCAACGGGCUGGCCGUCAUGGUCAUACAGAGCCUGCACCCCUGCAUCUCGGAGCUCUGCUGCGCGGCCUGCAUGGGCUUCUACCACUGGGUGAUGGUGGUGGUCACGGGCGGCGUGGGCGUGGCAGCCACCCUGACCCUCUGCAGCCUCCUCAUCUGGCCUAUUCGCCUGCGAAGCUGGUACCGCCAGUGA